AUGGCCAAGCAUCAUGUUGUUUUAUUCUUCUUUGUGUAUUUGGUUUUGUCAUCAAUAAUUUGUUACAUGUGUGAUGCCAUCGAAAAUGGUGAUGAAACCGAUAAAGUUUAUAUUGUAUACAUGGGUUCACUUCCUAAGGAUGCAUCAUAUUCUCCGACCUCUCACCAUUUUAGCAUGUUGCAACAAGUUGUUUAUGGUAAUGAUGUAGAAAAUCGUUUGGUUCAAAGUUACAAGAGGAGUUUUAAUGGUUUUUCUGCCAUACUCAAUGAUCAACAAAGGGAAAAACUUGCUGGCAUGAAAGGUGUUGUCUCAGUAUUUCCAAGUCAGGAGUAUCACCUUCAAACUACAAGAUCGUGGGACUUUCUUGGUUUACCUCAAUCAAUCAAAAGAGGUAAAACUGUUGAGAGUGAUUUGGUGAUUGGAAUCAUAGACACCGGAAUUUGGCCAGAAUCUCAAAGUUUUAACGAUAAAGGUCUGGGUCCUAUUCCAAAAAAGUGGAGGGGGCUUUGUGCAGGUGGUGGUAACUUCAGUUGCAACAAUAAGAUCAUUGGAGCACGAUGGUACCCUGGUAGUGUCGAUGCAAGAGACCAUUUUGGUCAUGGAACACAUGUUGCAUCAAUAGUAGGCGGAAGAAGGAUAAAUGGUGUGGGCUAUCAUGGUCUUGCAAAAGGCACCAUAAGAGGAGGAGUUCCAUCUUCAAGAAUUGCUGUAUACAAAGUUUGUAACCCAAAUUGUCGUGAUGAUAAUAUUUUAGCAGCUUUUGAUGAUGCCAUUGCUGAUGGAGUUGACAUCAUUAACCUAUCUCUUGCUAACGUAAAUGCUGUUGAAAUUCUUAAAGAUCCUCUUGCUAUUGGUUCAUUUCAUGCCAUGGAAAAAGGAAUACUCACAGUGCAAGGAGCAGGCAACAAUGGCCCUAACCCAAGUACUAUUUCAAGUGUAGCACCGUGGUUAUUUAGUGUGGCCGCAACUACCAUAGAUCGUCAAUUUAUUGAUAAACUCAUUCUUGGAAAUGGAAAAACUUUUAUUGGAAAGUCGAUUAAUAUUGUCCCAUCAAAUGGCACAAAAUUUCCGAUAGUUGUGUGUAGUGCUAUGACUUGCCAUGGAAAUUAUACAUCCCCUGAAAAAUGUCGAUGUAUAGACAAAAAACUGGUAAAGGGUAAGAUUGUUUUGAGUGUAGAUGCAACUGGUGGAUAUUUGGCUUAUCAACAUGGGGCAAUCGGUUCAAUCAUUAAUUUUACAUAUGAUCGUUCUUUUAUCACUCAUCGACCUUCACUUGACCUGAAUUCAGAAGACUUUGAUCGUGUUCAAUCUUAUACUUACUCCACUAAAUACCCUGUAGCUGAAAUAUUGAAGAGUGAUGUCGUUCAAGACACCACUGCUCCUAAAGUUGCAAGUUUUUCUUCUCGUGGUCCAAAUCCAAUUGUACCAGAAAUUAUGAAACCAGAUAUAGGUGCCCCUGGAGUUAAUAUCUUGGCUGCAUAUUCACCUAAUGGACCAAGCUCUGAUGAUGCUAUUUUUAACGCAUAUGAGAAAUACAUUAUAGCAUCUGGUACCUCUAUGGCAUGUCCUCAUGUUGCCGGAGUUGCCGCAUAUGUCAAAUCAUUUCAUCCAGAUUGGUCACCUGCAGGUAUCAAAUCUGCCAUCAUGACCACGACGAAACCAGUGAAUGGUACCUAUAAUGAUAUGUUAGGUGAGUUUGCUUACGGAUCUGGAAAUAUCAAUCCACAACAAGCUCUUCACCCUGGACUGAUUUAUGACAUCACUAAGCAAGAUUAUAUGCAAAUGCUUUGUAAUUUUGGUUAUAAUGAUACCAAAGUUGAACAAAUUAGUGGAGAAAAAUCAAGUUGUCAUAAAGCUUCAAAUAGAUAUUUGGUGAAAGAUAUAAAUUAUCCCGCACUGGUGAUUCUUGUUAGGAGGCCUCAUAAGCGCUUUAGUGGUAAGAUUCAUAGAACAGUGACAAACGUUGGCUCUCCUAACUCAACCUACACGGCAACUAUCAUCCCGAUUCCAAAAAUCAAGAUUAAAGUGGUGCCGAAACUUCUGUCAUUCAAAUCCUUACAUGAGAAACAAUCCUUUGUUGUUAUUGUUACCGGAGGAGCAAACUCAAAUCAAACUAUGUUUUCUUCGUCACUUGUUUGGUCAGAUGGAACCCACAAUGUAAAGAGUCCAAUCAUUAUAAAAAGACUCUCUUAA